AUGAAACUCGGCGAUGUAGACUUAUUCAGUGACUUAGAACUGGAGCAAAAUGUGUUCAACACUAUACAAAAAUUUAUUUGUGAACUGUACAACGUGGCCGGAAUAAUUGACGUAGAUGCUGCCCGACUCCAACUCUUCAUCAACACUUAUAUGGUUUGUGACGUAAAUGAAGAGUUCAAUCGUAAAAAUGUGAAAAACUUUGAUGCUAGUAACUUACCACCAUGCAAAAGUGAGCUUUCACAGGAGUUUCGACGAGCUAAUUAUAUCACUAGUCUCUGGAAGAAUGCUCAUAUGAAGAAAAUUAGUAUUUUUAGUCCUGACAAUAAUGGGUGGACGUUGAAAGAUAAUAAACAUCAUUUUAACUGGUUCGAUGGGGACCAAUUGCCGAGCUUUGUCAUUGAAUCGCUUCAAGAAGAAUCAGAAAAUGAAAGUAAUAUGGAUGAUAAUGAAGAUAGUCAAUGCCAACAUUGGGUUGAUAAUGACUUAUCAAACUUAGACGAUGAUGACAGUAAAGAUCACGCUGAAUGUUCAAACUACAAA